AGGAGGAGAGGAGGACCGGGGAAGAGACUCUCUCAGUCCUCCAAACGCCCUCGUGAAGGGGCUGCGGAGGUCACCAGGGCUCCUCCCAGGUCAGGCGUCUCCGCGGCAACCAGACAGGGCAGGUCAGAGGUGACGGCGAGAGAUCUGUUUGAUGCGGUGAAGACCGGCAAGAGCGCAAUGCUGUCCGUGGUUGAUGAUUGGCUGGACAGCUACAAGCAGGACCGGGAGGCGGGGCUUCUGCAGCUCUUCAACUUCAUUGUGCUGUGCAGCGGGUGCAGAGGUGUGGUGUCUCUCGAGAUGCUGCAGAACCUGCAGUACGCUCAAAUAAUCAGCCAGCUGACACGGGAGUUUGACGAGGACUCCUCGGAGUACCCCCUCUCGCGGGGCGGGGUGCAGUGGAGGAGGUUCAGCGACAGUUUCUGUGAGCUGGUGAGUGCUCUGGUGCGGCGCGGUCAGUACAGCGUCGUCUUCGAUGAGUUUCUCAUGGACUCCACCAUCUCCCUGCUCACAGGCCUGUCUGACUCGCAGGUCAGGGCCUUCCGACACACCAGCACACUGGCAGCUAUGAAGCUCAUGACCGCUCUGGUAGACGUGUCUCUGGGUCUGGCCUCUCGGAUGGAGACGAAUCAGCGGCAGUAUGAAUCUGAGUGCAGCAAGGAGCUGAGCAAGAGAGCCAGCGAGAGACUGGAGGAGCUGAGAGAGAAGAGGAGGGAGCUUCAGGAGCAGCAGGAAGAGAUCGAGAGCAUGAUGAACGCUGUCUUCAAGGGGGUGUUUGUGCACCGAUACCGGGAUUCAGUAGCUGAGAUCCGAGGCACCUGUAUGCAGGAGAUGGGCGUGUGGAUGAGGAAGCACACAGAGAGUUUCCUCAAUGAUGGCUACCUCAAAUACCUGGGCUGGACUCUGCAUGACAAGCAAGGCAGCGUGCGUCUCAAGUGUCUGAAAGCCCUGCAGGGUCUGUACAGCGACAAGGAGAACACACCCAAACUGGAGCUCUUCACCAACCGCUUCAAGGAGCGGAUCCUGUGUAUGGUGCUGGAUAAGGAUUCUGAUGUCUCAGUGGAGGCUGUGCGCUUGCUGGUCCUCAUUCAGCAGAAUGCUGAGGAGGUUCUGAGUGCUGAGGACUGUAUGAGGGUUUACCCGCUGGUGUACGCAUCACACCGGGGCGUGGCCAGAGCCGCGGGGCAGUUCGUGUACAACAAGCUGCUGUCGGAGGGGGAGCUGCAGAAGGGGCUGGGCCCCCCCAGGACUGCCGUCAUCAGACUGCUGGUCUCCUUCUACAUAGAGAGUGAUCUGCAUGAGCACGCUGCGUACCUUGUAGACAGUCUGUGGGACAGCGCAGGUACUCUGCUCAGGGACUGGGAGCGGAUCACAGAGCUGCUGUUGGAGGGAGCCGGGGGGGAGGGGAAGGAGGAGGAGGAAGGGUUCAGUGAUAGGGAGGAGAGCGCUCUGAUUGAGAUCCUGGUGUGCACCAUGAGACAGGCUGCAGAGGUGCACCCGCCUGUAGGGAGAACCAGCGUGAAGAGGGUCCUGAGUGCGAAAGACAAGAAGACUCGGCUUCAGGACCGCACCAGGCUGACUGAGCACUUCAUUGUGGUGCUGCCCCAGCUACUAGCCAAGUACUCUGCUGAUGUAGAGAAGGUGUCUAACCUGCUGCAGGCUCCACAUUACUUCAACCUGGAGAUAUACUACACUGGCCGACUAGAGAAGUACCUGGAGCUGCUGUUGACCCAGGUGAGCGAGGUGUGUGUGAAGCACACGCAUGUUGACGUGUUGGAGGCGUGCUCUCGCGUGUUCUCGGCGCUGAGCAGCGAGGAGCUGCCCUUUGCAGGCCGUGUCGACAUCUCCUUGAGCCGACUGCUGGAGGGACUGCAGGAGAGACUCAGUCAGGACCUGGAAGAGCUGCUGCAGGGAAACCUGGACGAAGACGAUGUGUACAACACAGCCGCCACCCUGAAGAGAAUCGCUGCCUUCCACAAUGCCAAGGACCUGACUCAGUGGGGUCUGUUUGAGCAGUGCUACAGGAUCCUGAGCACGGGAUUGGAGACCGGAGACAUUCCUGAGGAGAUCAUGGUGCCUGCGCUCAAGUGUGUCUACCUGCAUGCGCUGUGGGAGCUAAGCAAGGCCAGCAACUCCCAACCCAGCCAGGCUGAGCUCACCCAAUUGAAGCUGCAUGUGCAGAGUCUCAGUGCUGUGUGUCAGAGAUGCCUGUCUGACCUGAAGGAGGGGGUGAGAGAGCAGGCGUUCAUGCUGCUGUGUGACCUGCUUGUGAUCUGCAGCCCCGCGAUGGUGCGAGGCGGCCGGGACUACUUGAAGCCGGUGGUGCUGCGCCCCUCGGUAGCCCUGCGCUCAGAGCUGACAGGCUUCGUGAUUGACUUCGUGUUCGUGGAGCCGGGUGAGGGGGCUGCAGGUGUAGAUGAGGAGGAUGGAGGCGACUCUCUCCAGCUAUCCUUGCUUCAUCGGCGCCGUGGUUUCCUGGCCGGGUUCUGCAAGCUCCUGGUGUACAACGUGCUGGAACUCGACGCAGCUGCGGACGUCUUCAAACACUUCCUCAAGUUCUACAACGACUACGGUGACAUCAUCAAGGAGACUCUGAGCAGAGCGCGGCAGAUUGACAAGAUGCAGUGCGCCAAGACCCUGUGCCUGAGCCUGCAGCAAUUAUUCUCGGAGAUGGUUCAGGAGACAGGGUUGGUGUGUCUCCGUUCUAGCCCUCUCUUCUCUAGGAUUCGGGACCUCGCUCGCCGCCUCGCUCUCACCUUCGGCGUCGACCAGAUCCGCAUCCGGGAGCCUAUGGUCACCCUGCACAAGGAGGGGAUCCGGUUUGCUUUUCACGGGGAAGAGCAGCCCCCCCAAAACCUGCUGUUCCUGGAGGUGCUGAGCGAGUUCUCAUCCAAACUGCUGCGGCAGGACAAGAGGGUGCUCGCUGAUCACCUGGAGCGUGUGAGUGGCCCCCCCAGCGGGUGGGGAGGGCCCCCCCUCUGGUCCCCCCUGCGCAUGUACCAGCGCUCCCUGCUGGCAGCAGACAGGAGUGACUGGGAGAGUGCGUCCGGAAUGAGCAGAGCCACGCGCACCCCCCGCCAGGGAACACCCGCCAGAAAACGCAGGAGGAAGAGCACUCCCGGCUCCACCCCCAGCCCUGCCCAGGAGGCGGGGCAGAGGCGGGGCAGCAGUCUCCGUGGUAACCAGCUCACCUCCACACUGGUGCGCGGCGCCCAGAGACCGUUGCUAGAGGCGGGAUCAGUGUCAGAGGGGUCAGAGGCAGACUUCAUAGAGAGUCAGUCAGUGCGCAGUGAGAGGCAGGGAGUGAGACCCACCUCCCCCUCGCCGCCAGGCAGGCAGGAGCUCGGCUCACAGCUACAACAGCUGACUCUGGUCGAGGAGGAUGAGGAUCAGGAUGAAGAGGAAGAGAUCGAGGAGUUUGAUAGCAGCGAGGAAUCUGAGAGCAGCCCGCUGCCCUCCACUCGGCAAGUCACUGGGGAUCUGCUGCAGGACCUGUUUGACUCCACGAUCCUGAACAUCGAGGGUGAUCGAUGAAUUUAAGACAGACAGCAAGCGCUCUGUGAUGGCACGUCCUGCAGCUCUCCUGACACUGCCUGUUCUUGAACCCGUGUUGUUCUGCGGGAGAGCGGAGUCGGUUCUGAGCGGGGGGGGGGGGGGGGUUUCCUGAGUUCCUGAUCGUUCCACCUCCGGGUUUGAGGUUUUCUUUUUUGAGAAACAUUUAGAUAUUUUGUCGGUUCAGUGGCAAUC